AGUGUUAGAAAAAGUGCAUAUUUUCUAAAGGUUUCUCUUGAUCAAAAUGUCUGCCCCAUCACUGUGAUUUUAUUGUUAUAUUUUUUCCGAUCGUUAUGUUAAACCUUAUCUGCCUACAUAUUCUGAGAUAUAGCUAAUUUAGUCUUUAUUCGUAGCUAGAGAACGAAUUGGACGGACACUGUAUGGAGCGCAUGAGAUGCAGAACCAGACUAGGCGACAGCCUACAAUUGAGGAGCCUACAAACCAACAUGGUAGGGUUUUAUAGUGAAGCUGAGGAAAUAUUCUACCCUACGCCCUCACAAGAAUGUCACAAUGUCUCUCACUGCUAACACAUUGUAUAACAUUGUAUUAUCAAACUUGUAGGCCAGACAGGUAGUGGGUGCAGGAUGCGACGAUAUUAAACGGACACCGUAAUCUGACGCACUCGGGUUUUGAUUUCUUCAGAGUCCUAAAGUGCCCUACUUUUUAGAAUAAAGUAGAUUUGUUUAUUUGGCUCGUCUACUUGAUAUCACAAUUGUAAUGAUAUAAAACGUGUGUAUGAAGUAGGCCUCACAAAUAUGUUUAUCUCUAGGUUUAUAUUCCAGGUGUAGGAAUGAAUACGUAGAGGACCUGCGAAAACGACCGGCGCUAUGACCCCGUUGCGCCCGAUCCCCAGCAGCGUUAACGUGGGUAAGUGAUAUACGGGAUCCUUGAGACGUCCAUACCCUAAACCAUAAUUUAACCAUAACCCUUACCUAACCAUUUAAAAUGUCAACGAGGUAAUUCCAGAGGUGGGACGUCCCAAGGAACCCGGAUAGCACGGACCGUUUUACGCGAGCGAAGAGGACACUGUGGCAUAAAUCAGCAGUUCAGAAAAUCAAGAGAUCAAAAUGAUGCUGCUGCUGGUGAAAAGGGAUUAAACGGAAUAAAUCUUUCGUCAGUGGAAUAUCCAGCGUUCAUGAGGUUACUGUUCCAGUUUUCUGCAGUGAUGUUUUUGUAACCAGUGCAUUUUAUCCGGGGUUUUGGUCAGGUUGGCGUUUUAAUGACGAAUGUAUCGUUUUCAAUUUCCAUAGGAAAACACUGGAUGCACGCAGCCUAAAACAAUACCGUCGUUUUUUAAAUUCUCUUCUGCUAUUCAAUUCUAGUCGGCACGGGACAUAGGCUCAUCGUCUCCCCAACAUAAUUGACUGUCAGUGAGAACGGACCAAUUUGUGCUGACAACCGAGGAAAGGAAAGGCAAAUAUGUCGUUGCUGAGCAGCGGUUGUGAUGCUUGACUGAUCAUGAUGAAGACCGAUUCCUCAUCUUCCAAAAGCACCGGCUCCGGUUCGACGUUGAGGAGCCCAUCCCCGCACCGGAACGCAUACGAGGCGGGGAUGCAGGCGCUGAGGCCUGCCAAGGACAAUGCUGCAAAAGGCGAUCAUAUGCAGGAAGGCCCCCGCGGCCGCAGGAGUUAUGGCUCCAAUGUGCACCGUAUCAAGAACAUGUUUCAGCAGAUGCAAGGCCCAGGGAGCACAUCUCCCUGCCUGGAAGGAGGGGAGGACCCAGAGAAGACUACUGAGAGAGUGCGUCUCUCCCUCCCCAGAGCCGGUAGCCUGAAUGAGAAUGUGGACCACAGCGCCUUGCUGAAGCUGGGAUCCACUGUUUCAGAGCGGGUUAACCGGUUUGACCCUAAUGCCAAAGCGGAGAAUGGGCAGGCUCUCCAAGCUUCUUCACCGAGCUACUCCAAGUUGCAGGGGACACGGAAGAUUUUGGAACAACAGAAGGCGGCCCAGCAGCUGGAGCGGGAGAAGCAGGCUGCUGCCACCAACCGGGUCCUGCUGAAGACAGAGCAGAGCUCGGGCCUGGGCAUCCAGGAUGGCAGGCUGGACAUGGUGGUGCGGUUCAAUGGCAGCACAGAGUCCCUGGACAGCCUGGACACUAUCGAGGCCGUGUCCCCCACCGUCUCCCAGCUCAGCGCUGUCUUCGAACGGGCCUCAGAGCUCCGCAACAACCUGCAUCGCCUCUCCUCCACACCUCCACUGCCCUCCCGGGGGGUCAGCACCAAGGUGGGGGUGCAGCUCAGCUCUAAAAUCAUCUCUAAGAGGGCGAACCGGGCUUCUGCCCUCCCACCAACCAGCCAGGAGGAGAAAGGGGGUUGGGGCCGCAGCCAGGAUGGACCUCCCAGAAGCCUCAGGGCGUCAUCCUCCAUCGGAGGGCAGACUGGAGGCCACAGUGGCCCCACACCCCCUGAGCCCAGAGAAGGCCGGGAUAAGACUGGGCCAGACUCUGGGUCCCAGGCCAAAAUUGAGGGCCAGUCUGAGGAUCGUUCUGGCGACCUGGAGCCCAGCAGCACCAUAGUUAAAUCUGACAUCCACCACUCCUCUCUGGAGAAUGGCGAGAACAAUACACAGAGAGAGGCCCAGGUAAGGGAGACCUCUCCCAAGGGCACUAGCAGUGAGAGGGGGAGGCAGGGUGGAGAUGGAGAAAUUGGCCAGGGGGUUACAGCAGAGGAGGGGGAAGAGAGGACUGUAAAGGAGGACCAGUCAGGGGGUGAACAGGUGGCUACCAGAAUGUACAGCGCAGUGGGGGAGGACUCUGGAGGGAGCCAGCAGGAAGAGGAGGAGGAUGAAGAUGAGCCAUACGAGCCCGAGUCCAGCUGUCAUGAGAAACCUGGGCUGCCUGAAGAGGAGGACCCUCCUCCCAGCCGGAAGAUCUGCUUCAGCACGGGGCCUAUCAAGGUGUUUGCCACCUACCCCAACGAGGACUAUGACCGUCGGAACGAGGACGUGGACCCCAUGGCUGCAUCUGCCGAGUACGAGCUGGAGAAGAGGGUGGAGAGGCUCGAUCUGUUCCCAGUUGCGCUGGAGAAAGAUGGUGAUGGGCUUGGUAUCAGUAUCAUUGGGAUGGGGGCGGGGGCAGACAUGGGUCUGGAGAAACUGGGCAUCUUUGUCAAGACGGUCACCGAUAAAGGAGCAGCGCACAGGGACGGCAGGAUCCAGGUGAAUGACCUGAUAGUGGAGGUGGAUGGGACCAGUCUGGUGGGGGUUACACAGACCUUCGCUGCCUCCGUCCUCAGGAACACCACAGGCACCGUCAAGUUUCUGAUUGGUCGAGAGAAGCCGGGCGAACAAAGUGAGGUUGCCCAGCUGAUCCAACAGACCCUGGAACAGGAGCGCUGGCAGAGAGAGGUGAUGGAACAACGCUACAUGGAGGACCAAGAGGGUGGUGAAUACGGUACUGACGAGGAGGAGGAUGAUGAGGAGGAGGUCAGCCCCACACAUCCCUCUGCCAUCGAGGUGUUUGACCUGGCUGAGAACGAGGACAUCUCUCCACUGGAGACCGACCCUGAGAAGCUGGCCCAUAAGUACCAGGAACUUCACAUAAAGCAUGCUGUAACACAGGCAGAGAUCCAACAGCUGAAAAGAAAGCUGAACCAUGCAAAGCAGGACAAGCAGCGCUGGCGUGUGGACAAGACCCAGCUGGAGCAGACCCUGCAGGAGAACAAGGAGCGCAUGGAGAAGCUGGAGGGUUACUGGAUGGAGGCCCAGAGUCUGUGUCAGGCUGUGGACGAGCACCUGAAGGAGACCCAGGCCCAGUACCAGGCUCUGGAGCGCAAGUACAGCAAGGCCAAGCGCCUCAUCAAGGAGUACCAGCAGAAGGAGAUUGAGUACCUGAAGAAGGAGACUCAGCGCUGUCUUCAGGACGGGGCUGAGGCAUCACUGAGGGAGGAGUCAGGACAGCUCCAUGAACAGGUAGCAGAUUUGGAAUGCAGGGUUGAGGAACUGAAAUCUGAACCUUUAUAAAAGCCUUGUUUUCUAAGAGAGUCUCUUCAAGGAUUGCCAGAAUUGAAUAGAGGACUGUGUUAUUGUACUUGCAGUGGACCCAGGGUAUUUCUUGUCUCAAACUUUAGCCUGGUUUGCGGUGGAAUACAGGUACCCUCAGGCCUUGUAUUUCUCUAUGUAGUCUCUUUAUGUAACAACUCUUUCAAUCCUGUUUUGUUUUUAGAUUUCCCAGCUGGUAAUAUUGCCAAUAACUACUGGUUUGACAAACAGUUUAAUCAACCAUUUUCUUAAUAUUCCAAAAUACUGACAAGAACGUCCAUGGAGCUCUAAUUGUUGCUGUUCCUAAUUUUUCAUUCCUAAUGUUCAGUAUUUUACAAUUUGAUCACAAAUUGUGUUUUUGGGUGAAUUAGAAGACCGGGCUUUUGAUUUCUACAUUUAUUUUAUUUUAUUUGCCUAUUUUGUAAGUGCCGUUUCAUUUUCUGGGUUGUCAUUGUACAGCUGUAAUACUGUAUGUGGUUUAUAAAACAAAAGUUUGCGUUGUAUUUUUAUUAAUAUAUGUAUAACAUUUAACAUAUACAGUACGACAUAAUGGAGUCAACAGUUUGUGCUUCUGUGACUGAGGAAGAUGUGUAACUAGUCAAAUGUCCACACUGGAGAAGAUAUACACUACCGUUCAAAAGUUUGGGGUCACUUAAAAAUGUCCUUGUUUUUGAAAGAAAAGCACAUUUUUUGUCCAUUGAAAUAACAUCAAAUUGAUCAGAAAUACAGUGUAGACAUUGUUAAUGCUGUAAAUGACUAUUGUAGCUGGAAAUGGCAGAUUCUUUUAUGGAAUAUCUGCAUAUGGGUACAGAGGCCCAUUAUCAGCAACCAUCACUCCUGUGUUCCAAUGGCACAAUGUGUUCGCUAAUACAGGUUUAUCAUUUUAAAAGGCUAAUUGAUCAUUAGAAAACGCUUUUGCAAUUAUGUUAGCACAGCUGAAAACGGUUGUUCUGAUUAAAUAAAUAUAAAUAAAUAUAUGCCAUUUAGCAGACACUUUUAUCCAAAGCGACUUACAGUCAUGUGUGCAUACAUUCUACAUAUGGGUGGUCCCGGGAAUCGAACCCACUACCCUGGCAUUACAAGCGCCAUGCUCUACCAACUGAGCUACAGAAGGACCACUAGAAGCAAUAUAACUUGCCUUCUUUAGACUAGUUGAGUAUCUGGAGCAUCAGCAUUUGUGGGUUCGAUUAGAGGCACAAAAUGGCCAGAAACAAAGAACUUUCUUCUGAAACUCGUCAGUCUAUUCUUGUUCUGAGAAAUGAAGGCUAUUAAUGCGAGAAAUUGCCAAGAAACGGAAUAUCUCGUACAACACUGAUUACUACUCCCUUCACAGAACAGCACUAACGGUCUCUAACCAGAAUAGAAAGAGGAGUGGGGGGCCCCGGUGCACAACUGAGCAAGAGGACAAGUACAUUAGUGUCAAGUUUGAGAAACAGACGCCUCACAAGUCCUCAACUGGCAGCUUCAUUAAAUAGUACCCACAAAACACCAGUCUCAACGUCAACAGUGAAGAGGCGACUCCGGGAUGCUGGCCUAGGCAGAGUUCCUCUGUCCAGUGUCUGUGUUCUUUUGCCCAUCUUAAUCUUUUAUUUUUAUUGGCCAGUCUGAGAUAUGGCUUUUUCUUUGCAACUCUGCCUAGCAAACACAAUGUGCCAUUGGAACACAGGAGUGAUGGUUGCUGAUAAUGGACCUCUGUACGCUGAUGUAAAUAUUCCAUAAAAACAUCAGCCGUUUCCAGCUACAACAUUAACAAUGUCUACACUGUAUUUCUGAUCAAUUUGAUGUUAUUUUAAUGGUCAACAUUUUUAGCUUUUCUUUCAAAAACAAGGACAUUUCUAAGUCACCCCAAAUGUUUUGAGUGGUAGUGUAGCUUGAUUGAACGUUUGGUGCUUCACUGGAGUGAAAGGGGCAAGAAGAGAUGGGCCAUCUCCUACAAUUACAUCAGGAAUCCAACUUUUGCAGGAGUUUUGACACUUCAAGCAGUCAACUGCUGCCACAGCCAUACAGUAUGUGUAUUGUUAGUCAACUCCGCUACCCAGUAAUGGCUACUGAUGGGAUUCAGUAAGAGUAUACUAAACCUUCAGUAAUAACACCUUAUUUAACUAACUCAACUUCCAUAACUCCUUAUAAAGGAGAGAAUCCUCCAUAUGUGCUGUACCACAAAGGGACAUGACAUGAUUGGAAUCUUAGCAUUUUUUAAAUUUUAUUGUGAAUGUUAUCAAAGAUGUGAUCAACACCGACUGAAUGGCAGACACAAGAAUUGGUGACUGAUGGACUGAAACAGAGGGACUAGGCAUAACUGAACUUGUCCAUCGUGAACACAACCAUGGACUUUGAAGGUGAUGAAACAUUCCUCCCCGUAAACAUAUGUGAGGUAUUGGAGAAAAGCAAUGCAAAGAAACAAGUGUUGAUUAUUUUUUAAUUUUACCUUUAUUUAUUUAAAGGAGGAAUGAAUUUCAGAGAGGUUAGACCUGGGGGAUUUUAUGAAGACAGUGUUAGAUAAUGUUAUCAAAUGAACACAUACUGUAUCUCAUGAGUGUUUUCAUCAGAUUUUAGGCUUGGACAGGGCACAUGCUUUGCAUUGUUUUGUGCAAUAAAUGGUGAACUGUGA